UAAUGAUACAUUAAUGCAGAGGGGAAAGUCAUUAUUUGUGGGUGCGUGAGAGAGAGAGUAUGAUAUAAUGGACUACGUUUCGAAAACACGCCUUUUUUGGCGCCAGUGAUCGCAUCGUUCGACGCCGCAGAGGUGCCCCUUGGUCCGAAAAUCGAGGGACGAGACAGCACGGGAGAGAGAUGCUUUUUUCUCCAUCUCGGAGAAAAAAGCUUGGUUCAGAGAGAGAGAGACAGUGAAAUGGAAAUUGGAAGGCUGCCAAUCUCCGCGUCGCAGAGAGGGAAGCUGAUGGCAGCAGGGUACACAACCCUCAUUUCACUUUCCGCCGCCUCUGCUUCGCAACUCGCUCGAGAUCUAAGUAUUACAGAGGGUGAAGCGCUUGAAAUAUUGAAGGUUGCCUCUCAUAGUAGUGGAUUGGAUGAGUCAGAUGGAAAUCAUGCUAUUGUUUAUGGUGCUCAAACUGCCUGGGACUUGCUGCAUGAGGAGUAUUUUACACACAUUACUACAUCUUGUGCUGAACUGGAUAACAUCCUUGGUGGGGGAGUAAAUUGCAAAGAAGUUACUGAAAUUGGUGGCAUUCCAGGCAUUGGUAAAACACAACUGGGGAUUCAGCUUGCAGUCAAUGUUCAAAUUCCACAUGAUUAUGGUGGCCUAGGAGGAAAGUCAAUUUAUGUUGAUACGGAAGGAAGCUUUAUGGUGGAGCGUGCUCUACAAAUUGCUGAAGCAUGCAUGGAGGACAUGUCGAAAAAUAAAGGCCUUCAAAGGAAGGAUUUUCAGGCUUGCCAAGUUGAAAUGCAGCCCAAAGAUUUCCUAGAAAACAUAUUCUGUUUUCGCGUCUGCAGCUACACGGAACAAAUUGCCCUAAUAAAUUACCUAGACAAGUUCAUCUCAGAGCAUAAAGAUGUCAAGGUUGUUAUUGUUGAUAGUGUUACUUUCCACUUCAGACAAGAUUUUGAUGACUUGGCUCUCAGGACUCGAGUACUGAGUGGAAUGGCCUUGAAGUUUAUGAAACUUGCAAAGAAGUAUAGUUUGGCGGUUGUCCUGUUGAAUCAGGUGACCACUAAGUAUUCAGAAGGUUCAUUCCAAUUAACUCUUGCCCUAGGUGAUAGUUGGUCGCAUGCCUGCACAAACCGGAUCAUUUUGUACUGGAAUGGUAACGAACGAUGUGCAUAUAUUGACAAGUCUCCAUCUCUGGGAUCGGCAUCAGCUGCAUAUUCUGUGACCAGUAAAGGGAUAAGGAGUUCUGCUUCAAACUCUAAGCGAAUCAGAAUGAUGUAAGAGACCCAGUAUGGACUGGAAGUUAAUCUUUUCAGGUUGGCUCAAAGAAUGAGAUUGCAAGCUUUGGAACUCAUUCUAAGUUUCUCAACAAGAAUUUGUUUCUUAAAGAGGAAGAGAACCAAUCUGCAUGGUCUGCUGUCUUGUCACAGUUUCUGCUCAACCUUGAGAUAGGUCUCCUCAUGACUUUCUAGUUUACUUUCUUUUAUUUUCUGGCUGCUUGUUCAUUUAAUCUUGUUGUGGAGCCAACGCGGCACUGGCAGUAGUCAUAAGCAAGUUGAGUACCAAUGGGUUUUUACGUAUUUAGUCAAAAAAUCAGGCUCAUACAAUUGCAGUGGUGUGUUAAAUCUUUCAUUAAGGCGGCCUGGUAAAAUGAAUUCUCCCCUCUUUUCAGAGUAUAAAAUAUUUCUGGGGAUAAAAUAUUUAAGAGGCAGGUCAAAUAUGUCAUUUAAGAUGUUUGGAAUGGAUCAAACGUGUAUUUAUUUUUUUUAAAUUGGUCUUGGUAGCACAUAUUUUUAGAAUAUUCCAGGUAUUGAAAGCUAACACAUCCAAAGAUAAGAGUUUCUUUCAUUUUAUUGUAA